CAGGUGGAUAGAGAGGACAGGUGUCUGUCUGUGUGAGUCUCUGCAUCUGUGUGUAUUUAUCAAUAUUGCGUGGAGAAAAUAUGUUGCUCUUUCUGUUGCUGUUUCUUGUCUGCGGCUCAGAGGCAAUUUUCUUCGGGACGAUGACCUAUGACCCAAAGACAAGCAACAACGGAAACGUCACGGUGGUCAUUCGCUUCAAGCUGAACUUUCAGUCUUGCAAUGAAUCGACCACAUGGCAAUGCCUCGAUGGGAGCUGUGAGACAGGAGCUGUUGUGUUGAACACGGUCUACAGCGAAAGCAGUGGAGAGUGGUGUCAGACGGAGGGAAUCCUGACCCACGAGGAUCCCGGCUUCCGUUUGAACCUUUGGUUGGAAGGUGGUAACUGGACAAACAACAAUAUGAAUGGCAUUGUAUUUUGGAGAGCCAAAACUGUGGUUGACUUGAGGAGCCGAUCGGACACAGGCCAAGUCAACAGAUCACCCCAAACCACCAUCCUGCCGGUGCUGAGAGUCCCUUCAAACUGUCAGAGACAAAUCAACCUGUUGGCGUUUGACCCUGAUGGAGAUGAGGUCAAAUGUAGAUAUGGAGGCGCAGAAGAGUUGGAGUGUAACCCCUGUACACCACCGUCUGUUCUCAACAUCUCCCCCACUUGCGAUCUGUCAUUCAGCUCCACCAAUAGCGGCAAUGAAGGUCUGUACGCAGUCCAGCUGGUGAUGGAGGACUUUGCGAGGCAGACUAUCAACCUGACUAGUGUCAACGGGACUCAGACGUUAAAUACCAGCUCCCCUGUCAGUGCGAUACCCGUCCAGUUUGUCUUGAAAGUGGAUCCCGCGGUGCCAUCCUGCACAAACGGAUUCUAUUUGCCCACGUUCCUGCCUCCAACACCGGCCAACAGAGCUCGGCUUGACACCAUGGUCAAUCAGACCCUUACCAUCAACAUUAGAGCGGCUGCGAAUUUCUCUGUGAUCUCUGAGCUGCUGUUCAGCGGGCCGCACAACGUGAUCCAGACCAGCUCAGGACCAGGUCAGUUCACCCUGAGCUGGACGCCGUCUCAGAGCGAAAACGGAGAGAGCCACCCCAUCUGCUUCGUCGCCCGAGCAGUUUUAAAUUCAACGAAGUAUGACUCUGAGAUGCGAUGUGUCAUUGUGAUUGUCGGAAUUGAUCCAUCAUUUACCACAACUACACCCGCAGUGACUUCAACCACUCAACCACCAAGUAUAGUGGAUCCUUUACCGUUGCCCGAACCUAGGACCAUCAAUACCACUACAGUUAUAUUGGGACCUUCACCAGUACUUGCAAAUGUUACCAUCAAUGCCACUACGACCCCUACAAGUACAGUGGGACCUUCAGCAGGGCCUGAACCUAGUACCAUCAAUACCACUACGACCCCUACAAGUACAGUGGGACCUUCACCAGGGCCUGAACCUAGUACCAUCAGUACCACUACGACCCCUACAACUACAGGAGGAACAACGCCAGCGUCCCAACAAAUUGUCCUUCGUCUGACGGCGAGGGUUUCCUCUGUGGUGCCUCUGACUGACGAGUACAUCGUUACUGUCCUCCAACAGUUUAAAAAUGAACUGGUGAAUUACGGAUUGCCACCCGGCACCAAUCUGACGUUACUGAGGAAGGAAACACAGCCCACCCGUCCGCAGUGAUGCUUCAGUGUGAUCACGAGUUUGCAGAAACGUUCAUCUGAAUGUAAAGGUUGAACUGGGGAAACUGGAGUUUGCUUUUCUGUGUGGGGAGAAGUCAACAGAGGUCAGAGGUCAUUAAACUGUUACCGUGGAGACAAAAAAAUGCAAUCACUGUUUUUUUUUUGUUUUUUUUACCAACAGCUGCUGAUUGAUUUUGAUGCUGUUGCCUUUUUUUGAAAUAAACAUUGUUGAUUUGUA